UCAUUCUCACGACUUUCACGGCGCAACUGGAGGCAGUCAGGGUCUUCGCGGGAGUUUUCUACAAGGAGCUACGUCACGCUGUAGUGUAUGAAUCAUCAGAUCCACUAACAUACGAGGUAGAUUUCCUGGCAGCUCAGCUCGACAUCUUGCAGGCGGAAAGGGUGUUCUGGCCUAACUGUCAACAAGAGGAUUGCAGUUUAGCGGAUGCGGUAGAAGGAGAACUCCAUGGUGCUUAGCUUAAAAGUACCGUUGGUCAGCAUCGGCGGACAGUUUCAAUUGCACAAGUAUGUGAGGACACCUAUGUAUUUCGAUGGCCAGAUUUGUCAGCUUCAGCAGCAGGAUUUCGUUUUGGCGCGGAGACAGGAGGACGGUGAGAUUCAGGUCAUCUCGGGAGAUCAUCUCUCUUCUUGUCGGGCACAGGACGAUUUCUUAUGCUAUCUUCCGUGGUUGGUGCAUGGAGGACAUAUGUCAUCGAGAUGUAUGCAUCACUUGUUUGCGGCGACAGAGCUGAAGGACAUCCAACAAUAUUGCAGUUUAAGCUGUCGUCCAGCUAAGCAGGAGUUGGAGAUUGUCGAAUUUUCGCCUUUGGAGUAUAUCGUCACAAAUAUACAGGCCAACACUACAGUCACUUGCGAGGGAGGUUUGUUUCAUCAUUUUCAACCUACUCCGGGAGCAAUGUCAUAA